AUGAAUUUCGAUCCAUUCAAUCUAUUUUUUGAGGAAUUCAAAUAUAAAUUAAAAAAACACAAUAUUUCAUGUCCUCAUCCUGAUACUGAGUAACUGGCAAGAAAAGAGUGGGAAUAAUUAAACUAAUAAGAAAAACAUAGAUUUUUAUAUAUGGCUAACAGAUAAGAAGAAGCAUAUUUAAAUUUCCAAAAUAUAAUUACAAUAAAUUAAGAAAACUCUAAAAUAGCAAAAAAGUUAAGUAAGCAAGAUUCAAAGUUUUAAAAAUAUCAUUUCCAAAUUAAUUAUUGCAAAACAAAUGAUUGUGAAAGCUUAGCAGAUUUUAUUGAAGAAGAACUUUAUAAUGUCAAUAAAACUUUAAAAGUAGAACGUUAUGCUUUAACAGGCAAUUUUGGGGCAGUUAGUUUAUUUGGAAUUUAAGAAAAAAGAUAAUCUGUUUUGAUUUGGCACACAUUAAUUAAUGGUUCUUUACAUUUGAAAUCUUAAAUUAAGCAUUUGAGGGAAAAAAUUUUGAAGUUUCUUACUCCUUGA